UAGGUCCACAAUGGCUGCACUGCGUCGUCUGAGGCAGUGUCACUCAGCCAGCAGCGCUGUGUCUCAUCUUCACACAAGCAGCCAUGUCUGUGCCAAGCAGCAUUACAAAAUGCUGGUUCUUGGAGGAGGAAGUGGGGGCAUUACAAUGAGCGCACGGAUGAAGAGGAUGUUGGGGGCUGAGAAUGUGGCCGUUGUGGAGCCCAGCGAGAUGCACUACUAUCAGCCCAUAUGGACCCUGGUUGGCGCCGGUGCGAAAACGGCAGCUUCCUCCGGUCGUCCCACUGCCAGUGUGAUGCCAUCAGGAGUGCAGUGGGUGAAAUCCAAAGUACAGGAAAUAAACCCAGACACAAAUACUGUCCGCACAGACGAUGGGACUGAGAUAUCCUAUGAGUAUUUGAUCGUGGCACUUGGGAUACAGCUCCAUUACGAGAAGAUCAAGGGACUGCCAGAAGGCUUCGGGCAUCCAAAGAUUGGCUCGAACUACUCAAUCCAAACUGUGGAGAAAACAUGGAAAGCACUGCAGGACUUCAAAGAGGGAAACGCCAUCUUCACUUUUCCAAAUACACCAAUAAAAUGUCCCGGAGCUCCACAAAAGAUCAUGUAUCUGUCAGAUGCCUUCCUCAGAAAGACAGGAAAAAGGGCGAAGGCCAACGUCAUUUACAACACAUCACUGCCUGUGCUCUUCGGGAUCAAGAAGUACGCCGACUCAUUGUGGGAAGUCGUGAAACGUCGUGACCUACAAGUGAACCUCAGGCACAACCUGAUCGAAGUGCGAGCAGACAAGCAAGAAGCUGUGUUUGAAAACCUGGACAAUCCAGGUGAAACAAAAGUGUUUGAGUAUGAAAUGCUUCAUGUGACGCCACCAAUGGGACCCAACUCGGUGGUUAAAGCCAGUCCGCUGGCAGAUGAGGCUGGAUGGUUGGAUCUCAACAAAGAGACCCUCCAGCACACAAAGUAUCCAAACGUGUUUGGGACUGGAGACUGUACCAACCUGCCCACUCCCAGAACGGCUGCAGCUAUAGCUGCACAGUCUGCUGUCUUAAACAGAACUAUUGAGAAAAUACUGAAAAAGGAGAAGCCAGAUAAAAAGUAUGACGGGUACACGUCCUGCCCUCUGGUCACAAGCUACAACACAGUGAUUCUGGCAGAGUUUGACUAUAACGGACAACCACUGGAGACAUUUCCCAUCAACCAAGCCAAAGAAAGGAGGGUGAUGUAUCACCUGAAAGCCGAUGUGAUGCCUCACCUCUACUGGAACGGACUCCUCCGGGGGCUGUGGGGCGGACCAGGACCUUACAGGAAACUCUUUCACCUGGGGAUGAAAUGAAAUCUCAUCGGCCUGGUUCACUCUAAGGACUAACGUUUACUGAAACGUAUAUUGGAAAAAUCAC